AAGAACGCCGUCAUCUGCUUCUCCGGAACCUUCGACGAACCCGCAACCACCCUUCAAAAGUGGACCGAAGCCAACGGCGGCACCCACACCCGCAAACUGACCCCUGACACCACCCACCUGAUCGUCAGCGAAGCCAACUGGCGCGCCCGCGUCCCCGAAGUGACGACCGCACUCGAAGACGCCACCAUCAAGAUCGUCAACUACGAAUGGUUUGACGAUAGACUGCGUCUCUCCACCCGCGUCACAGAGACCAAAUACUUGUGGCUUACCAUCGAUGCCGAGCAACAAAAG